UAUCAAUAUUUAUUUAUAAUGUAAAGUGUUCUUCAUACAGCAAAACCAAAAAUUAACUCAAAGCUUAUUUUAAUUGUUAUGAAAUUAAUUUAUAAACGUGUAUAAUUAUUUUACCGAUGUAUUGAAAGUUAGUAACUUGACUUCUCUUCGUUUCAGAAUGAAGAAAUGGCGACUGCGAAAUGUUAUGACUGUCUCGUAGCUAAGUUAUUUGUGAUUAAUUUGUGUAUGUGAGUUUUUACUAGUGUAUUAACUUUGUCUUGACUUACAUCCGAAACAUGGCUUCUGAAAGAAUGGAGUGGGUGGAGAUCAUAGAGCCUCGGACCAAGGAGCACAUGUAUGCCAACCUAACUACAGGCGAGUGCGUCUGGGACCCACCCAAAGGGGUGCCUGUUAAGAAGACUGACAACAACCAGUGGUGGGAACUGUUUGACCAAAACACCAGCAGGUUCUACUACUACAACGCCACCUCGCAGAAGACAGUGUGGCAUAGGCCGCAGAACUGUGACAUCAUACCUCUGGCUAAGUUGCAGACACUGAAACAAAACACAGAGCCUGUUGUUCAAGAUGAGGCCAAUGAAUCUAAUUCUCACAAACCCAAAGAAUCAGUCGCUACGCAGACUCCUGGUCGGUCCCGCACUCAUCAUGCACAUUCUACUAAGAGUCAAGAUACAGUCGAGAGUGGCCGACAGUCUAGUGGGAGUGGCCGAGUAGCUACAGAGACCCAGACACAGACCUCACCCCCAGCUUCCCCUCGGACAUCUCGACGGUCUCACCACCAUCAUCACCAUCAUAGUUGUGGUUGCAGGCAUCAACAUACAUCACAGCAGGCUGCUCAGACUCACACACCCAGCAGGAUGCCGUCUACAGGGGCGGCUGACAGAGACGGACGACCAAGGCGAGGCAGUCACGGGUCCUGGUACCACAGGACGACUCAGACACAGACUGGCCCAGUGCAAGAGUCGGGACGGUCGAGUGACUCCAGUUGUGUUUCGUUGAGCCGCAACUCCCUGGAGUCUUCAGUCAAGCCACUAGAGUCGCCUAACCACGGGCUCAAACACUCUCCGUCAAGUGGUCUGACGCUGUCCACGUCCACUCCGGUGCUGAAGAAGAAACCUCUCAGCGAUGCCAAUGCGCAGCCCGAGCGGCAGACGCAGGAGCGACGACCUGGUGUUUCGGUGCAGAGGAGUGCUUCCAACGCCGCACAUCUGCCUGCCAAGCAGAAGAGCUUUGAUAUUGAUAUCAGUGUGGGUGGAGGCUACAGCCUAGGACAUGAGAACCGCAACACUGGAAGUGUGUCUAGGACACGACCUGCACUGUCCAACAGUCAGUCAAACCAACAUCUGUCCAGGAGUCGUAGUCAGACCACCCCUCAACCUGUUACCGCACCUCUGUCAGUGUCCUCUACACUCUCCCUGGACCAGGAGGAGGAGGACUCCAUGCAUGAGAAGUACUUCUUGUCUGGGAACACACAACUGUCUAGUGGACGAAGAUCUGUCGAGUCUACACCUCAGGCGCGCAGGAAACACCAACACAGAUGUCCCAAGCUGAGCCCAGACUAUGCCAACCUCGCCAGCAGUGUUCCCCCUCCACCUCCACAAUCAAGACACUCCCAUUCGUCUUCCUCCAACUCCUCUACGUUAGCCAAUGCCCACCGUCUGCAACCUGCACAUAUUGUUACCAGAGACAGAGAGGCAGGACUGUCAAGUAGUGAUAAUGAGAAUGACUCAAGCACCAGUGUGUCCUCUAGUCCUAGAACACAGCCACUGCUACAUCCGGACACUGCUACCAACGAACACAACGACAAAGUUCUGAAACGACCAACGUUCAACAACGUGGAGGAGCGACACAACAACUCGCUGCACAACAGACGAGCUGUGCUGAAGAACAACGGCAAUCACAGCUUGACACUGUGUCCAAGGGUGGACAACAAAACUGACUCCUCACCAGUGUACUCCAACCAGCCAGUAGGGGUGGGAGGGUUCAUACUGGAGCCUGAGAUGCAGGAACACCUUCUACCCCUACAGCAGUAUAUACUAGAACAGGCUAAACUGUCAGGUUGCUACAGAUUCGGCGACAGUCUUGUAGAGGAGGCAGAUUCUCUACACUCGGACGAGGAGGACGCAGGUCAGCUGCUACAAGGAGGAGUAGAGUACGACAGUGAUGAGUUUGCCGAUGACGAAGGGAUGAGCAACCAAGACGACUCCAGCAGCCAGGAGUACCUGCAUGAUGAGCCCAGCUAUCUAGAUACUGUAGAACAGUACAGAUACGCCAACUGGGAGAGAAGUUACCCAACUGAUGGUCGUGUCAGUGACUACGUAGUUGACAGUCUGGAGUCUCGUAUGGCUGCCUCCAGUGGCUACAACACCAAUGUCACCUCUCUGUCACAACAGCAGACCUCCAGAAGUAAUAGUCUAGCUACUACCUUGUCUGGAGCUUUAGGAAUAAAUACUACGUUACCAUUAGAAACGCAACACGCUUCGUUGAAAAGGAAGAAAGAUCCACCAGCGCCCGCGCCAGUCCUGUAUUCUCCUAUUAUGGAACGAGCGGAGAGAGUUGACUACAGACGACAGAUAUCAUCUUCCCCUCCCUGUGGGUCUGGCCCCCCACCCUCUCCCCUUCCACUUAUUACUCAUUCUCUCCCAUGCUCCCCUUCCCCUCUCUCGGCUUCUCUUCAGUACGAACAGCUAUCUAGGGUAGUUUUGAAUAAAAAGUUGCCCUCUGAAAGCGACAUAGAGAAGUAUGCUCAAGACAAUCUCAAUAUCCACAAGAAGGGCAUAUUUAGGAAAAAGUUCUCCAUCAGAGAUAUGUUGUCUUGGUCAAAAGAUCCAAUCAGAAAGCCGAUGCUGGUGUUAUCGGACAAAUCGCUCAAGAAAGACGCAGUGGAGAUGUUCAAACUCGUGCAGAUCUACAUGAGCGAUCGUAAGGCUAAGCUAGGCAUGAGUCUGAACAGUGUAGCCCUAGAGAUCUGCAACCUUGGGUACAACAAGCCAGCCUUGCGGGACGAGCUGUACAUACAGAUCUGCCGGCAGACGACGGAGAACCCUCGCAGGGAGAGUCUUCGAAGAGGAUGGGAACUUUUGGCGAUAUGCCUUUCAUUUUUCCCACCGUCACCCAAGUUUCAAACAUACUUGGAUAGCUAUAUGAAUAGGCACAGAGAUCCAAGCUUUGACUUCCCAGAGGUAGGCAAGUGGCCGAUCCACGUCCAGGUUAGCCACUACGCCAGUGUCGCCUGCAAGCGGCUAGAGAGGGGUGGAGAGGGGGGAAAGAGACCGCCAAGAAAACCCACAUUGGAGGAGAUCGAUCAGGCUAGAUUGCAGAUCUUCAGACCAAGCAUGUUUGGCUCCACUCUACAGGAGGUGAUGGCCCUGCAGAAGGAGAGGUUCCCUCACUACAAGCUGCCCUGGAUACAGACCACUCUAUCUGAAGAAGUACUGAGGCUACAGGGAGCUCAGACUGAAGGCAUAUUCAGGGUAUCUGCGGACGUAGAUGAAGUGACUAGUCUCAAGAUGCAGCUAGACAGGUGGGAUCGGCCCACAGACUGGACGGACGCUCACACUCCUGCGUCUCUGCUCAAGUUAUGGUAUAGAGAGCUGUACGAGCCACUCAUACCGGACACCAUGUACAACGAGUGUAUUCAGCAUCACGACAACCCAAUCCGAGCGAUACAAAUUGUCGAUAGUCUUCCAGAAAUCAACAGGCUCGUUUUGUCCUACCUUGUGCGAUUUCUUCAGAUAUUUGCACGGAGCGAGGUUGUACAGCAGACCAAGAUGGACGCCAGUAACCUGGCCAUGGUGAUCGCACCUAACUGUCUACGCUGCACCUCCCACGACCCUCGCGUCAUCUUCGACAACGCGCGCAAGGAGAUGGCGUUCAUGCGCACCCUCAUUCAGUACUUAGACACCAACUUUGUGGAGGGAGUCGUAUAGAAAGAUGGUCGGAGCGACCAGACACUACAAUUUGUGCCUGAGUUAUGCCAUUCAUACCAAAGUUAGCAGAUUAAGUAUACAGUCUUAUUUUCGUGUAAAUAAGAAUAAUCUCAGAAUGUAAUAUAAUUUGUUUGUAUUUAAUUUGUUGUUUAUCAUUCUGUAAAGAAUUAGUCAUGUUUGUCAGACAAAUACGUUUUAAGAGUUUAAGAAACUAGCAUUUGUACAAUGCAAACCCUAUGGGUCGGAAUCCGUACACGAAUCUGAUCGCAAUUCGACGUCAGCGAAAGACGAAGGGUCAGUGCUCAAUCGAUAAUAAUCUUCCUAUUCUGCGUUUGUUGUUUGUGUUAUAGAACGGAGUAAAUAUCUCGCUAGUCAUUUAAUUUUCAGAAAUUCCAUUGUGUAGCCUACUGCAUGCUACAAUGCUAAAAAGUAUUUUUGCAUUUCAUCCUGCUUUUAAAUACCUGGUGAACUGUGCACUUUUUUUAUGGAUCUAAAUAUCUAUUUGAUUGAUAUUGAUUUAUCAAUAAUUCAAUUUGUAGUUAAAUUUCUUUACAAUUUAGAGAAACUUCAAUGUAGUUGGUUUAUGUAGUUAAAUUAAUUGAUUUACAAUAAUUAUGUAAAUCUCAUCUUUCGACUUCGUGGUUUACUGAUGAAUAAGUGUAUUUAUUUUUGCUUUAAACCUUGUAUUGGUAGAACUUAUUAUAAAUUUUGUUCGUAAAUGCUUGAAUUUUAUUUAUUUAUAUAAAAAAUGAUAGGUCAAACUUUGACGUAUUCAGGACAUUAACGUCUUAUAUAUUAGGUAAUUAAUUGCCAACAAGUUUUAAGAUAAUUGGUAAUGCAUUUAGGUUUGAUCAAUGUUAGCAAAUUUGUAUCUCUGCCCAUGUUAAUGCAUUUCGUUUCAAACAAUGUUAGGUUAUUUAGUUAUAAAAUAUAAUAAAUUAGGAAAUUUGCUUUAAAAAAUUUAAAAAAAAGUUCUAUCACACCAUAAGGUCAACGGAUGAAAAAAUCUUUAGUCAUCACUAAAUCACAAGUCUGAUAUAAUUUAUGAUAAAUAAUGAGCUGUGAAAAUGCUUGAACUUUUACAAGCAUGUGCACUUUUGUUUUCAAAUUUGUUACUUAAAAAUAGAUUUCAACGAGGAUAAUUUUUAAUCCUGGUAUUUCUAAGGUUAAUUGUUAUAAUUGAGAUUAUAAAAAAUCCUUAGACUUUUUCUCACAGACUAAGUCAGUCUAAACUGAAAUACAACAAUACUUUUAUGUUUAACAUCAUUUUCAACCUUUUAAAGAUAGUUUAGACUGUGCACAGUUUAACUAACGUAAACGAUUAUUACUAUUUAACAUCACCCUGAAGUUUCUCUAUGGUUUUAGUCCCAAAACGAUUUUGUUAAACCCAGCAAUCCAAUGCGAUGUUGAUUUAAUGUAGUAAUUACAUUACCAAUUUGUUUUUUAUGUAUUUAACUUCUAUAAAACUGUUUAUAGAACUUUGCUUUGAUAAUCCCAACUGAGUUCCAAAAACACAACACUAGCUUGUGGUAUUUUUGUAUUAUGUGAAAAGGAUAAAUUAGGAAUACUAUUGAAUUAUAUAUUAUGCGAUAACAUAUAUUACCACCAUUGUGCUCCUUUAAACAUUGUAUUUAUUGAGUAAUCAUUAGUGGUUUUUGUAGUAUUGUUUUAUUGGAAUUUAAAAGAAAUGUGGUAUGUUUUGUUUCAUGAAGUUUUUUGUUCUUACACUGAACUUACUACUUUGUUCUAUGACUGCACUUGGUUUUUUUAAGAGUGUUAAACACUAAGUGGUCCAAUCUAAGUUUUGUCUAUGUUAGGGAUUGAACCCCUGAACCUAUCACUUUCCCACCGAAAAUACUAAUAACUAGUCCAAUGUAUGUUUAGGAAAAUGACAAUAACUUAAAGAAAAAAAGGCAGUGUAAUUAAAAACUUUGUAAAAUAGUACAGUAGAACUUCGAUAACAAAGUGUCAUUUUCAAAUCCCCUUGAAUUUAUUUUACCCCCAAUCACAACGGUGGCGUCGUCCUGUAAUCCAGCUACAGUAGACUCGUCCGUAUCGGCCUUGCCCGGACUCCCGCUCGUCCGGAUCGGCAAUCGUGAUUUUUUUUUCUAGUGGCACAGUACAGUAGAAGUCCAAUUAUUCAAGCUAAACUGAACGGAGACUACUUCGGAUUAUGAAAAACUCUAAUAACAAAGUGAAAAUUAUAGGUUAUAAUUAGACAAAAAUUUUAUUGAAUAUGGUUUAUUAUUACAGUACAGUAAUAAGUGAUUAAUGAUUAAAUGAACAGAUAUUUCUUUACCAACUCGUCCCGAAAAGAAAGAUUCAUUACUGGUGGAACUGCAUUUGCCCGGCUAUCAGUACUGUGGACUUGAACAAAAUUGAAAAAAAAAACGGCUAUAUACAGUACUGUAUUUGCUCGACUCUAGAUAGUCGUAAUCCGGACUGGACGUCCGCUACAUUAGUCCGGAUGAGCGAGAGUCUACUGUACUAGAAGGUCACGAAUUGUGGAUAUUUAUAGGCAUGCACUGUGGAUGCAUUACUCCUUGGUGUGGAUCAACAUCAGCACUAGUGAGUACUACGACUAUCCGCAGUACUAUUCUGAUGAUUAGACCAAUUCGUUAAUUACAAGGCAAAAAUAUCGUUCGGAUUCCACUAUAAACUGUAGGUCCCUUAGUUGCCAUUGGCUGUAUGGGCUGUUAAUUAACAGCUGUGUCUAAGGAAUAUGUCAGCCUCAGUCCCUAACAAGACUACAAGAUCGCGCCACUCAUCCUACACUCAUCUCCAUUCAUACUUGGCUUAAAAUACCUACUUUGUAUGGUCACCAUUAUUUCAAUGAAAUGUAUUAAAGUCAAGUAAACCUCGAUAAGAAGUUUACCUUGAUAACUAGUCUUAUCUAAUAAUCCCCAUGAGUCAUGUUUUUGAGGUUCUACUGUACUAAGAAAAGUUUUGAAAAAAUUUUACCUGUAUAUUUAUUUCUAAACAAAACAUACCACGUUUCCAAACAUUUUAUCUCUAGAAUUGGAAUAGAAAAUUACUUUGUAAUACCACUUUACCAAUAUUGUUUAUAAUUUGUACUCAGUAAUAAAUUUGGUUAGUAAUAAAUAUGAACGUCAUAUCAGUACAUAAUAAAUCUACUCAACCUACGUAUAACGAUAACAUUGUUUCAAUUAGGUGGAUCCAAACUUAAGUUUUACAAGGUCAAUUAUUUUGCAACAGUUCUCAGUAAGUAUAUAAUGUAGCAGUAGGAGUUAAUUUGAGUUACAGUUUAUGUACAUAUACACAGUUCCUGAAGCCAGGAUAGAUGUACAUAGAAUAAACAGCUUUUGUGGUAUAGCGCUCAUAGUAACAGAGUACUCAAUUGUAACAUUUUCACGAUUAAUAUUCGCUUCGCUUGUUUUCUGUUUGUCAUUAGAUUAUUUAGCUUAUUUUUGUACCAAAUGUAUGUUAAGUUUUGUCGUAUUAACAUUAUUAAAAUGUUUUAUUGAAUUUACUAAUAUUUUUAUGUUAAGAGAUGUAAUGCAUUUGAGUGACAGGGAUUGGACGUGAAACUGUUGGAGGUUGUAAUCGGUAUUGGAAGAUAAUUAUUUCAUUUAUUUGUUUUUGAAUUAUUAUGUUAAAUGCUCAUUGUGUGGCCCUUACCAUGUAAAUAUACACUAUUUUUAUUUUUAUACGUUGAAUUUACAAUUUUCAGAAUUUGAAAGUUUUUAAACCAACUUUAAAAAAAUGUACUCUAUAAAUGUCACAAAGAUUGAACAAAACCAUUUAAGAUUACUUGAAUUACACCACUCAAAGAAAGUGCUACAGCCAAAUUAUAUUUAACCUUUAACUUCAUAUUUGUAGUCAGCUAACCAAAUUGAGUUUAUAGUUGGCAAUCAGUUGUUGUUUUUCACACUAUUAUAAAUAAAAAGCACAAUGUUGAAGGAAUGAAAGUAGAUUCUUUUUGUAUAUUUUGUGGUAUGGGCCCCUAAAUAUUAAGAGUAAGGGAUUAGUUCCUAGUUUUAUGACUAGUUUUGUGUGUAAAAGAACCAUAUGGGUGUUCUCAGCGAAAUAAAUUUUAAUUAUCCUCUUUAGGCUUGGAAAGAGAAACUUAAUUGUACUGUUAUAACUUAACAGACACCCUUUUAAUAGAUACAACACAAUACAAAUUUGCAAGAUCUUUUGUUUCUUCACUUUCAUUUUUUGUUCAAUUCAAUACAGAAUCAUUAGAUAAAAAUAUUUUCUCUUUGAUAAAUCCGCAUUUGUCUCUUUCACUAAUCUUUUAUUUUGUCUCGUUCAAGAAUUCUGAAUCAGUAACAAGUCACUAUUUUAAAAUGGGAGGUAGGAAGGUUAAAAUGGUGUCUGUUCUAAAAAUUAUGCACACUCAACAACUCUACUUGUUAUUGUUAAUUGAAAUUACACAUCACAAAAAAGUGUAGAUCCAACUCCAAGAAAGUAAAAUUAUUUUAAACCUUUGCAUCCAAGCCGAUUGUUCAAAAUUGUAACAGCAAUAGUUGAUGUAAAUGGAGGUGAAUUUCUCUCAAUGCAUUCACUGAUUGUUGAAGUAGUUAAUAAUCCCACUGAUUAAAAUACUUAAUUUUUAUACUUUUUUAGUUUGUUAGAAGUUACCAAAAAAUUUGUUUUACUUAUGUAUCCAGCUUAGGAAAACAUAAUAUUUGUUUACAAUAACUAAUUUAAAAAAAUAAAUACAUUGAACUUAUUA